CUAGCAUUCAUGGUAGAGUGAAGAGGGGCCUAGCAUCAGGAGGGUUGAGCGGGGUAUAGGCGAUAUAGGCAUUGUGGGCUUGUGUGCUGAGCUGAACUAAGAUGCCCUGAAGUCAUCUUGGGCCAGAAAUUAAAGGAGCUGUCAGUUGCACCUCCUGGCACCUCUCUCUCUCAUCACUUCAGACCUGGACAGGGAGGGGUAUACUAUGGACUCCAAGGCUACAGGCACUCGCCUGGGACCUGCUCCAUAAGCAUGAUAAAAUAUUUAUCAGGAAGCAGGCAGGCAGUUGGGUUUCCCUGCGCAGACUGAGAUGGGCAGCUCCCACUGAAGCUGGCUGCAACCUUCCCAAGUUCCGCUGAGUCACAGCCCAGGAGCCCUCUGUCCAGUCCGCCUGCUCGCCAUCCUGUGGCCACGUGGAUUCCUCAUAAUAUGUAAGCCAUUGGGUAGCCCCACGACCAGGACACCCAGCACAGUGAAAACGCUGACCCAUGUUCAGGCCUUUCUGGACUGUGCAGGCCUUAGCCAAGGUCACAGGCAGACAGGCCACAGGUAUCCCUUCCCUCAUCCACCCUGCAGCCUCUGGCUCCUGAGCAAGGCAGUUGCUGAAGACAGAGCUGGGAUCCUUCUUCACAGAGUACCUGCAGAACCAGCUGCUCACAAAGGGCAUGGUGAUCCUUCGUGACAAGAUACGCUUCUACGAGGGACAGAAGCUGCUAGAUUCGCUGGCGGAGACCUGGGAUUUCUUCUUUAGUGACGUGCUACCCACGCUGCAGGCAAUCUUCUACCCUGUGCAGGGCAAGGAGCCGUCAGUGCGCCAGCUUGCCCUGCUGCACUUCCGGAACACCAUCACCCUCAGUGUGAAAUUGGAGGACGCGCUGGCCCGCUCUCACGCUCGCGUCCCCCCUGCCAUCGCACAGAUGCUGCUGGUACUGCAGGGGGUACAUGAGUCCAGAGGUGUGACCGAAGACUACCUGCGCCUGGAGACACUGAUCCAGAAGGUGGUGUCACCGUACCUAGGCACCUAUGGCCUCUACUCCAGCGAAGGGUCCUGUACUCAUUCCUGCAUCCUCGAGAAACGGCUCCUGCGUCGCUCCCGCUCUGGGGAUGUCCUAGCCAAGAACCCGGUGGUGCGCUCCAAAAGCUACAAUACACCCCUGCUCAAUCCUGUGGCUGAGCAUGAAGCAGAAGGCACAGCAGCUGGUGGCACAAGCAUCCGCAGGCACUCCGUCUCAGAGAUGACAUCUUGUCCUGAGCCCCAGGGCUUUGUGGACACACCUGGCCAGGGCCCUUCGGGGACCUUCAGGUCCUCCCCAACACCUCACUCAGGGCCUUGCCCUAGCAGACUGUACCCCCCUGCCCAUUCCCCAGAGCAGGGCCCAGCCCACAGCUCCCCACCCACCUCCAGCCCUGAGACACUGGUGGACCAGAUCCUGGAGUCCGUGGACUCAGACUCCGAAGGAAUAUUCAUUGACUUUGGUCGGGGUAGUCGGUCCAGUGUGUCUGACUUUGAUGCAACUGGAAGCCGGCCGAGUGUUGUGUGAUAGCCUGAGGUUAGUUCAUGUUUUUACUGGCCCCUAUAUGUUUGCGUGUCUGUGGAUGUGUGCGUGAGAGACGUGUUCCUAACCUCACCAGCCCCCUUGCCGCUGCCUUGGUCACUGUAUACUCCCAGUCUGUUGGAAAACCUAUCCACUUCCCUGCUCACCCCAGGUCUGAUUGGGUGUCCAGUUGGUACCUCAAGGAUGGGGUCACCACGUGCCCUCCUGCCUGCCCCACCCUUGGUGCCACACCUACCCAGGAAAAUGUGAAACCAGUGGGUUCUGCCCAUGCCAGCCCAGUGUGGCCCCCACAGAGAUGGGACCCAAGCCACGGCCAGACCUGCCUCCCUCUUCCCUGGGUGGCCACCAAACAGGAAGGCUUGAAAUAAAGUUACAGCUCCAGG